AUGACGACCAACUGGGUGCGCAAGUCGUUCGCGUUCCGCGCGGCGAGCGCGGGGAGCCUGCUGACGUUCGGCGCGGGCCCGCUGAACGGCACCGCUGACGUGGACGCGGGGAACGGCGUCGCGAUCGACGCCGUGAAGGUCGAAACCGUCGGAUGCUCCUCGCAAGAGG